UCCCAAACAGUUCUCUUCUCUCUAAACUCUCCUCUUCAUCCUCAGUCCUUCCAUCUGAUCAGCCAGAAAAGAAAAUGGAGAAAGCACAAUCAAGUUCAAGUUUGACAAGUUUGAUGAGGACCAAGUCCGAUCAACUAGUGGAGACAAUGGCGGCGGCAAUGGCGGCAAUGAAGUCACCAAUGUCAAGUGAUCAGGCCGGUGGAGGGCCAGAGAGCAGCGGAACCCUUUCGAGGAAGUCCAGCAAACGGCUAGCGGCUGCCUCGCCAGGGCGGAGUAACGGCAGUACUGGCAAAAACACUCACAUUAGGAAGUCAAGAAGUGCUCAAUUGAAAUUUGACAUAGAUGAGGUGAACAGUGGUGCAGCUUUGAGCAGGGCUUCUAGUGCCAGCUUAGGGUUUUCCUUCUCUUUCACGGGCUUCACCGUCCCGGCCGAUGACGUCGCCGACUUAAGAUCGUUUAGCGAUGAUGAAACCCGUAAGUGUUUUGAAUUCAUCGCGCAUAUGUAA